AUGUGCAGAAAGCAAAUUGUUGAUGCAAUAAAAGUUAUCAAGAGAAUUGCUGUGCAGAAAUUCAUCACUGGUCUGCAGGAACGUGAAGCGAAAUGUAUUAAAGAUCGAAUCAGUAAAUUGUUCGACCAUUCUGUUUAUGGUGGUAAAUGUAAUCGAAGUGUGAUGUUGGUGACAGCCUAUAAGGCACUUGGUGGACAACAGGAUGAAAAACGGUUGGAAAUGGUAACAAAUGUAGCAGCGUGUUUGGAACUUUUGCAAAGCUUUUUCCUCAUCGAGGAUGAUGUAAUGGAUGAAGGCAUCAAUAGAAGAGGCAAACCAUGUUGGCAUCGAUUGGAGGGGAUAGGAAUAAAUGGAAUCAAUGACGGUUUACUGCUGGACUGCAUGGUGUCGUACAUUUUACGCAGUAAUCGAGUUCCAGCUGCCGUUAGAGAUGCCUUCGAUGAAGCUCGGCGUGUUACAGUACUUGGACAGAUAUUAGAUGGUGAUACAAAGGGUGUUGAAGACUGCACUUGGCAAAGAUAUUGGACAAUAACGCAGCACAAAACAUCGCAUUAUACUUAUUUCACACCACUACAGAUUGCAGCUCUUUUGACUGCGCAAUCAUCAAUCAUUGAACCUUUGAAAUGGAUCGCAUACCAACUUGGUUUUCUGUUCCAAUCGAAGGAUGAUUAUAUGGAUUGUUUUGGCGAUAAAUCGAUAAUGGGUAAAGUAGGAAACGAUUUGAGGGAAGCGAAGUGUACAUGGGUCACCUGUAAAGCAAUGGAGAAACUAUCAGAUGAACCAAGCUUCCUAAUGGAUUUCCGGGAGCACUUUGGUAAACGAAACAUUACUUCCGAGCAAAAACUGAAAGAUAUUCUGGCACAUUUGCGAAUCGCAGACGAUUUUCCCUUAUUUCGUGAAAAAUGCGCGGUUGAAAUACUCAGCAAUAUUGAUCAUUUCCCAGCGAUAGAUCUUAGACCAAUCUUACGACAAUCAAUCGAUGAUUUGGUAAAUGGCAAUCUUUGA